AUGGCCAACGUUUACUUCGACAUCACCAUCAACGGUAACAAUGCUGGGCGCAUUGUUUUCAGACUCUUUGAUGACGUUGUACCGAAGACCGCGAGAAAUUUCCGCGAGUUGUGCACUGGUCAAAAUGGUUAUGGAUAUGCUGGCUCUGGCUUCCAUCGCAUCAUCCCAUCCUUCAUGCUUCAGGGUGGUGACUUCACCAGGGGCAACGGAACUGGUGGCAAGUCCAUCUACGGCGAGAAGUUUGCUGAUGAAAACUUCCAAUUAAAGCACACUAAGCCUGGACUUUUGUCCAUGGCAAACGCAGGCAAGAACACCAACGGGUCGCAGUUCUUCAUUACCACCAUCGUCACUAGCUGGCUCGAUGGCGCUCACGUAGUGUUCGGUGAGGUCGUCGAGAACCUUGAGCUUGUGAAGACGAUCGAGAAGUACGGGACUGACACUGGCAAGCCUAAGGCCGAGAUCAAGAUCGCCGCUAGCGGUACACUGUAA